AUGGCUCGACCUCGGAUACAAUACGUGACGCCGCAGCGUAUGCUGCGCGACAAGCGGUACUCAGCGGCUGCCCGUCGGAAGGCGGUGGCGGAGGCUGAUCACCGAGGCAAGAUAUUGGGGCUGCGGGUGGUGGUGAUUGGUUUCAUCGUGCUGAGGCGACGGGAGCUCCGCGAUCCCAGCUUCCAUGUGACCUGGGGCGACUUGAUAGACGUUUGCCGCCGAGCUGUUUAUGUGCAUGACGUUGCCGCUCAGGUUGUGUUGCGGCCCGCGCUGACCGUCGUUCCAAACGGCACGCCCCAUGUUGAUUUCACCGCAAUCUCCCCAAAUGUCUGGCAAAGAGAUUUUGGGCUCACUGGUUAUGAACAGCUCAAACGCCUGGCAUCAGCUCUUGCGUUCACGGACAAGGACUUUAUAGUUCCAGUGGAAGAGGCGUUGCUGGCAUUCAUGGGGCUCAUGCAUCGCCCGGGUCGCGUCAGCAAUGAGCUUCUGCGCCGGCUUGGGGUAUCCUGGGAUCCCAGCAAAGCAUCCAAAGUGGUAAACAAAUUUGCCACUGCCGUGGCCUCCAAGUUUCAACAACAGCUCGAGUUUGAUGGACGGUAUUUCAAGGCGCCAUGGCUGGAGCAAGCAGCUGCCGCCACACGCGCCAAGCAUCGCCUGACCCAGGGCAUCAUCGGCUUUGUCGACGGGACAGCCCAGCUACUCUGCAGCAAGGGUCAGGGGCAGCAGAACGCGGCGCUAUCAGGCAACCAGGACGUACGUGCUUGCUGUCUUCUGCUGCUUUCGACAGUCUUCCGACCUUUCACGUGCUCUCUACAUCAGUCCCAUGUUCUAGAUUAUCAAGGCGUGGUGCUACCUAAUGGCCUCAUCACUUCAUUCUGCGGUCCUUGGGCCAGUGCCGUCCAUGAAUCGCGGGUUGUAGCGGAAAAGAACCUGGUUGCACGCCUGGACGCUGCUUUGCCCGACGAGCCACAAUACAAGCUACUGGGUGACUUGGCCUACACACGGAGUGACCGAGUGACCCAUGCCUCGCCGAGCUCCAAGCGCAAGAAAAAGACUCAAAAGCAAGGGGCGAUGGAUCGGGUCUACAAAUCUCUGCAGGUGAUUGUCGAAUUUGCCUUUGGUGCAUCGGGCCACGGGGUUACCAGUCGCUUUCAGGGCGUUACCCAAGCUCCUCAGCUGAGAAUGCGACACCGCCCUGUCGAGUGCUACAUGAUGACUGCAAUUCUCCUCAGCAACAUGCUCGUUUGUGACGAACAAACAAGCCCAGUGGCCGCAUAUUACGGCAACCGGCUGCGCAUCCCUACACUGCAGGAGUACAUGCCCAAUCGAAACUGA